GAACUCGGUCCUAUCAUGUGAUUAAAUAGAAUCUAUCGAGUUUUUUUAUAGACGGCGCCCUUUAAUAUCAUUCCAAAUUAUUUUCUAUAUACAUUACUCGUAUGUCAAUUUCUUUAUCUAUCAGCAGUAAGAAUCCUAAAUGUAAAGGUUGCCAAGUUGCCAAUUUUUAAAAUUACGAAUGUCUAAAUUUUAAUAGUUGUUUGUGAAUAAUUUAUGAGAUCAAUUUUCGUAGUGACGUAUUUCAAAAUAAGUUUAAAAAUUUAUAUAUUUGCGGUAUAAUUCGUGAUAAAAAAAUACUGAUGCAAGGAUUGAAAAGGGCUUGGAGAAAGGUAUUUCAAAAAAUAUUGCAAAAAAAAUUAAAUUAUCCUACUUCAUCAGAAGUUUUGACCUCAUAUUUAAAACAAUGUAAUGAGCCACCUUGGACUUCGUACUUUGUAAAGUAUAGUACUAUUAAAGACGAUCAGUGGGGAAAAUCUCAUUUUAACUGGCAUGUAGGUCAGUCUAAUUACCACAUAUUGAGGACAGGGUGUUAUCCAUUCAUUAAAUAUCACUGUACGAAACGUAUAGAACAAAAUUUAUUUUUAGAAGAUAUAUUUUUCCGCUUUAUUAAAAUAUUAAAUCUAGGUUUACCUUGUGUAGCAUAUGGAAUAGCAGCAAAUUUCUUAAUAAAACAUGUUGAGGUGGUACACACAAAGAAGGGGUAUGUGCAAAUUUAUUUUUUGUAUCCUGAGGAUAAAGGUUCAUUGUACUGAAAAAUAAU